AUGUUUAGCGACCAGCCUAUGCGAGCCAGUCUCCAGGUGGCUCCUCUUACCAUCGCCAAAUCACGAACUGAAUCAUCUGGAGAUGCUUCAUCGACCUCAGAAAACGACAACACUCUCUACUCACAAUCACAAAUGACACCCCCCGCUACACCAAAUGGCUCGCAGGAGGAUCUCUCACCUUCACCUCAGUACAUCCCUCCCCAAGUCUUCCACAACUUCCUGCGAGCCUUCUAUCCUUUCAACCCCAGUUAUGUCAUGUCCGACUCGAGUGUGACAUUACCUCUCAACGAGGGUGAUGUGAUUCUCGUGCACUCUAUUCACACCAAUGGAUGGGCUGAUGGCACAUUACUUAUCUCAGGCGCCCGAGGAUGGUUACCGACCAACUACUGCGAGGCUUACGAGCCUGAUGACAUGUGCAACCUUCUAAAAGCUCUCUUGAAUUUUUGGGAUCUGCUUCGAAGCACAUCAGUCAAUGAUAAGGAGAUCUUUGGCAACCAGGAGUUCAUGAAGGGCAUCAUUGCUGGUGUUCGAUUCCUAUUGGAACGAACAAACUGUCUCAACCGAGAGUCUACCCAUAUUCAAAGGAACGAUGCUCUGCGCAAGUGCCGCAAGUCUCUUCUCUCUGAACUAUCUUCAUUAGUGAAGACAGCAAAGCGGUUACAAGAGACACAACGUCUCGAAAUUGCUCCCGUUGAAGAUGUGAAUGAUAUCAUCGAUGAGAUGAUCCUCAAAGCCUUUAGAAUUGUAACAAAGGGAGUUCGGUUUAUGGAUGUGCUCGAGGAUGACCGAAGGGCACGUGCGCCUUCAGCUGUUACUGUUAUGGAUACAGUGCUCGAAGAAUCAUACGUACCGCCAACACCACCCGCUGAUCAGUCUUCCUUUGAUGAACAAAGCCAACGCAGCACAAACAUAAAUGACACGGAUUCCCAAGCUGCCGCCAGUGUCGCUGCCUCUGAAUCGAGCGAGACUACUCAAACAUCAACAUCUAUCUUCAACAAGCGAUUAUCGUCACUCAGUGGUCGUACUGGCCCGAGCUCUCACAGGUUAUCUCAGGGAAGCCUUUCGCAAGCCCAAGCUCACCGCCUGUCGGCCACUAUUUCGCACCGAGUGUCGCUUGCUGGCCCAUCGUCAGUGUCGAGAGCCCAUCAUCUAGUUACUGAGCGCCUGAACCGCAGCCACGACACAUUCCUGUCUCAUCUGGGCUCCUUCAUCGGCCGCCUGCAUCUUCAAUCACAGUCGCGCCCCGAGCUCGCAUCAGCGAUCCGACAGUCUGCGCUUUCAGGUGGAGAAUUGCUUGCAGUAAUUGACGGCGUCUAUGACCACAUCAACUCCAGCUCUGAGGCUCUUGCCCGAGCUCGAUCCACCAUGUUCGCCCGAAUCCAAGAUCUAGUCUUUUCUGCCCGCGAUACCCUUGUCAGCGCUGCCUCUGAAGAUGCCGAUUUGAUUAUGCCCCAUGACAACACAAUGCUCCUCGCAUCCGCUACGGGCUGCGUUAGGGCCGCUGGAGAUUGCGUUGCCAAGGCAAAAUCCGCUAUCGAGCGCAUUGGCGAUUUUGAAUUCGAGCUCGAGACUAGCAGCCUCGGAAUUGAUCUCAGCAUUCUCGAUAUCGAUACUGAGGAGCGAGCUAGGACCCCAUCUGUUUCAGAGCACAAUGACGCUGUCAGUGUUGCCGGCUCCAACCGAACCUCCAACUCAUCUAACGGACAUGCUCGUCGCCUCACUGUUGUCGCAAUUGACAAGCCUCUUCCUGAGGUUCCCCAGGUGACCACACCUACUGAUGAACAGACCGCUCACCCUUCACCCACCUCUUCACGACGCUCGUCAGUUGCUGAUGACAACGUCUCCAGCGUUGCAUCCUCCAUUUCCUCCCUACGACCUUCUCUUCCUCCCCUUCCCAAGCUUUCUACCACUCUCCUUGCCAACGAGGAAUACAGCCCUGUUGAUAACAAUGAUAACGACUUCAACUCCUCUUCUCGGUUCGACAGUAUGGUUGCUUCAAGCGCUGGCAGCAGUGCCACCUACCUUAGCCGUGACUCCGAGGUCAGCAUGGUUUCGCAGUCUUCCACUCGAGCUACCACUCCUGAGCAGAACCUUGCCCCUCAGAAGCAGCCUUCGCUGUCGAAUUUGAGUAACGGCGGAAGCUCGGAGGACGUCGAUGUUGAGUCAAGACUUAUGGAGAAGACAUUUGCUCACGAGCUCAUGUUCAACAAGGAGGGUCAAGUUACUGGCGGCUCUCUCCCCGCUCUUGUCGAGCGUCUCACAACCCACGAAUCUACUCCCGAUGCCAUGUUUGUCUCUACUUUCUACCUCACCUUCCGCCUCUUCUGUACACCGGUCCGACUGGCUGAAGCGCUUAUUGAGCGAUAUGACUACGUUAACGACUCCCCUCAUGUGGCUGGACCUGUCCGUUUGAGAGUAUACAAUGCUUUCAAGGGCUGGCUCGAGUCCCACUGGAGGGACGAGACCGAUCGCGAUGCUCUUGACCUGAUCAUGCCCUUUGCUGAACACAAGCUGGCGUCCUCUCUGCCUUCUGCUGGUCGACGUCUGUUUGAGCUUGCUCAGCGUGUCUCUGGCGAGGGUUCUCUGGUGCCCCGACUUGUCUCCUCAAUGGGCAAGACCAACACCUCGAUUGGUCAAUACGUGCCCGCUGACACUCCUUUGCCCAUUCCUGCCAUUACCAAGGGCCAACUCAACCUUCUCUCUGCUUUCAAGAUGGGUGCCGCCCAGCCUAGCAUUCUCGACUUUGACCCCCUCGAGUUGGCUCGCCAAUUGACCAUCAAGCAAAUGAACAUCUUCUCUUCUAUCCUUCCCGAGGAGCUUCUUGCUUCUCAGUGGAUGAAGAAUGGUGGCGUCGCCGCUCCCAAUGUCAAGGCCAUGUCCUCUCUCUCAACUGAUCUUUCCAACCUCGUCGCUGAGACUAUCCUCCAGCAGCAGGAGGUCAAGAAGCGUGCUCAGGUCAUCAAGCAAUGGAUCAAGAUUGCUCACCAGUGCCUUGAGCUCCACAACUAUGACGGUCUCAUGGCUAUCAUCUGCAGUCUCAACAGCAGCACUAUCAGUCGUCUCCGAAAGACUUGGGAUGCCAUCUCCACCAAGCGCAAGGACAUGCUCCAGAACCUUCAGGAUCUGGUCGAGCCCUCUCAGAACAACAAGGUCUUGCGAACAAGACUCCAUGACCAUGUUCCUCCCUGCCUACCCUUCCUCGGCAUGUACUUGACCGACUUGACAUUUGUCGAUAUUGGUAACCCUGCCACCAAGCAAAUGUGCCUGGGUCCCGAGUCUGAGGAGGAUGGCAAUGGUGGUAUCACUGUUAUCAACUUUGACAAGCACACCCGCACUGCCAAGAUCAUUGGAGAGCUCCAGCGGUUCCAGAUUCCCUACAGACUUACCGAGGUACCUGAUAUGCAGGACUGGAUGUCCUCACAGAUCAACCAUCUCCGCAAUGAGGAGGGCAAUGUCCAAGUCACAUACUACCGCAAGAGUCUCCUCCUUGAGCCUCGUGAGACUGCCAGCCGACCUCCAGUGGACUCUUCCGCUGCCUCCAUCGUUGGCGCUGGAGGUGGCCGCCCCGACCUCUUCAGCUGGAUCUCCCGCGACCGAGGCACCUCAACACCAACUCCUACCCAGAUAUAA